AUGGGAGUGGAAAUAUCAAGAGAAAUUCCUUUCAGUCAAGAGGAACUUUUAAUGCUCGAGCAAAGAUUCAGACGUUUAGACAUUGAUGGAAGCGGGAUGCUCGAGCCCAAUGAAUUUUUCGACAUUCCAGAGCUAGCACAAAAUCCACUGGUCCAGCGUGUGAUCUCUGUAUUUGAUAAGAAUGGGGAUGGAAAUAUUUCUUUUUAUGAAUUUGUAACUGGACUUUCGAAACUCUCAGAAGCAGGGUCCGAAGACGACAAGCUGCACUUUUUGUUUGCAAUCUAUGAUAUGGACAAAGAUGGCUUCAUUUCUAAUGGAGAGCUGUUUAGGGUGCUCAAAAUGAUGGUGGGAAAUAAUUUGACUGAUGUUCAGCUGCAGCAAUUAGUUGAUAGAACGCUGAUACGAGCUGAUGAAGACUUUGAUGGGAAAAUCUCUUAUCCGGAGUUUUGCAAAAUGGUGAGGGAUAUGGAUAUUGGGGAAAAGCUUACUCUUCAUCUAAAAUAA